AUGGGGGAAUACUUGCCCGUCAUACUGGUGAUGCAUAUCCUCUGGAGCUGCGCAGAGACCAAGGAACAGCAGACGCUCCCACCCCUGCAGUUCACACAACCUCAUUACAAUGUCACCAUAUUCGAGAACUCCGCUGUUAAGACGUACGCCGAGGCCCCUCCAAAAAUGGGCAUAUAUUUGAGAGACCGGGCUUGGGACAUUCGAUAUAAAAUAGACUCUGGAGACAGCGAGAGUAUGUUCAAAGCGGAUGAGUUUCUGCUGGGGGACUUCAGCUUUCUGCGCAUACGGACUAAAGGAGGCAGCUCGUCCACCCUGAACCGGGAGAUCAAAGACCGCUACGAGCUCACGGUGACGGCCCACGAGAGGCUGAGUCGCGGCGAGGCUCAAACGCGAGUGACCGUCGUCGUCCUCGACGCCAACGACCUCCGGCCGCUCUUCUCGCCGACCUCCUACAGCAUCUCCGUCCCCGAGAACGCGGCCCUGAGGACGAGCGUGGGCACGGUGGCGGCGACGGACGCCGACAUCGGCACCAACGGGCGGCACUACUUCAGCUUCAGGCAGUGGACGGACGUCUUCGCCGUCCACCCCACCAGCGGCGUCAUCACCCUGACGGGCCAGCUGGACUACAGCGAGGCCAGGCUGUACGAGCUGGACGUCCUGGCCGAGGACUGGGGCCUGAAGCUCUACGGCGGCAUCGGUGGCACCGGCGCUGGGGUCAGUGGUGGUGGUGGUGGCGGCGGCGGUGGUGGGGGCAGCAGCAGUAGCAGCAGCAGCAGUGUGGCUAAGCUAACCGUCCACGUGCUGCCCGCCAACGAGCAGACGCCCGUCAUCACGGCCGUCCCCGUCACUCCCUGGACCCUGGCGCAGGACCUCACGUACGCCGUGGUGACGGUGGACGACGGCGACCCGGGGCUGAACGGCGAGAUCGCCUCGCUGGCCGUGGUGGCCGGCGACCCGCUCCAGCUGUUCAAAGUCGUGCGCUCGGGCCCGGGCAGCAAGGAGUUCAAGAUCAAGGCCGUGAAGGAGGUGGAGUGGGAGGGUCGCCCGUUCGGCUACAACCUGACCCUGCAGGCGCAGGACCGGGGCAGCCCGCCCAAGUUCUCCUCCGUCAAAGUCGUGAGGCUCCAGCCCCCUCAGCGCUACGCGGACCCGCCCGAGUUCGAGAGACCUCUCUACGCGGUCAGGCUGAGCGAAUUCGCGCCUCCCCACACGUCUGUGAUACGGGUGAGAGCUCAGCCCAAAAGCCCUCUCAUUAGGUACUCACUAAAGCCCAGAGCUCACCAGCCACUGGGUCCCUUCACCAUCAACCCUCACACGGGGCUGAUAACGACGACGCAGACGGUGCAAGCCGAUCAUAUCAGCAAAUAUGAAUUCGAAGUCGUCGCCGGUGACGGACAGGCCGCCACCAAGGUGGUCGUUGAGGUGAUUGAUGAAAAUAACAAGGCUCCGAAAUUCGCUCAGCCGGUGUACACCGUGAGUGUUAACGAGCACGUUCCGCUCGGGACCAGCGUCCUGACCGUGAGCGCGAGCGACGCCGACGAAGGCGAGAACGGCUACGUGACCUACACCGUCGCCAACGUGACACCGCAGCCUUUCCACGUCGACUAUUUCACGGGCGUCAUCACCACCACCGAGGAGCUGGACUACGAGCUCAUGCUGCACCGCCUCUUCAGCCUGCGAGUGCGGGCGUCCGACUGGGGCUCGCCUUUCCGCCGAGAGGCCGAGGCGACCGUUUCAAUUACGCUGAACAACUUGAACGACAAUGCGCCAUUGUUCGAGAACGUGGACUGUCAGCUCACCGUGCCAAGAUCCUUCAGCGUCGACGAGAUGAUAGCCGUCGUCUCCGCCAUCGACAUGGAUGACUUGGGUGUAGUGCAGUAUGAAAUUAAAGCCGGGAACACGAUGGGGCUCUUUGGCCUCCACCCAGAGUCGGGCAUACUGUCACUUAAAAAGCCAUUAGACUCUGGCGCGGCGGCGAAAAUGACUUUGCACGCUUUGGAAAUAGCCGCCAACGACGGCGAGAACUCGAGCCCUCCGCUGUUCAUGAAUAUCACGGUCGCGACAGGUGCGGAGCGGGUCAGCUCCAAGUGCGUCGACACCGGCGCCGCCAGGGACCUGGCGGGGCGGCUGCUCUUCGGAAGCGCGAACCGUCGGGGAGAGCCGGAGGAGUCGUACACAGAUGUUAAUUUGGUUAAUCAACAUCCUCCGCGGCUGGCGGCGCCUCCUAAUUUACUCGAGGUGAAGGAGGAUGUGGAAGUCGGAACAGAGAUUCUUCAGUUGAGGGCGACAGAUGCCGAUAGUGGCUUCAACGGGAAACUGUUUUUUGUCAUUUCAGGAGGGAAUCUCGAGAGUUGUUUCUCCAUAGACACAGACACAGGCAGACUUGUUGUAGAUGAACCUCUGGACAGAGAAACCACAGACCAGCACACUCUAAACAUCACUGUUUAUGAUUUGGGAUCACCGCAAAUGUCUGUGUCACAUAUUCUUAAAAUUGAAGUGCUAGAUGCCAACGAUAAUAGCCCUCAGUUUCAGCAACGGGAGUACUCCAUUGAAAUAAGCGAAGACACAGCCGUGGGGACAGACAUUAUUCAGCUACAAGCGACAGAUAAAGAUCUGGGAGCGAACGGGGAGGUCAAAUACAGUUUCCUGACUCAGACAGAGCAGUUCCGCAUCAAUGAGAAAACAGGCAUCGUAACAGUGAAGAGCCUGUUGGAUAGAGAAGCCCACGCGUCCUUUACUCUCAAGGUCGCCGCCCGCGAUGGGGCUACGGACGAGCCCGAGCUUAUUUCGACAGUGAUACUCAGAGUGACGCUCGAAGACGUCAACGACAAUCCGCCCGUGUUUUCGCACCGGCUGUAUCGCGCCAGGGUCGCCGAGGACCUCCCGGUCGGGUCGGUCGUGGCCUGGCUGGAGGCGCACGACCCCGAUACGGGCCUCGGGGGUCAGGUGCGCUACAGCCUGGUGGAGGACGGAGACGGGGCCUUCCAGGUGGACAAAGUCAGCGGGGCGCUGAGGAUCUGGCGAAAUUUGGAUUUCGAAAAGAGACAGGUGUACAACCUGACCGUCCGAGCGCGGGACAAAGGCAAGCCGGAGUCCCUGACGUCCGUGUGCCACGUCGUGAUGGAAGUCGUUGACGUCAACGAGAACGUAAACCGGCCUGCCUUUCCUUUUUUCACCAACUCGGCGUACGUGAGCGAGGACGCCCCGGUUGGAACCACAGUCCUAAAGGUUAUGGCAGCAGACAAAGACCCAGGUAGAGAUGGAGACGUCAGGUACACCAUACGGGAUGGGUCGGGCCUGGGAGUGUUCGCCAUUAAUGAGGAGACUGGUGUUAUAUUCACACAAGAGACGCUCGAUCGCGAAACCACAGGUCAGUACUGGCUAAAUGUAUAUGCCACUGACCAAGGAGUCGUCCCCCAGUCGUCCUCUGUGGAAGUGUAUAUUGAGGUCAGGGACAUCAACGACAAUGUUCCACAGACCUCGGAGCCCAUCUACUACCCCUCCGUCCAAGAGAAUUCUCCAAAGGACACAUCCAUCAUCCAGAUUGAGGCCUUUGACCCUGAUACUGGGGGGAAGAAUGACAAGCUGGCCUACAGGAUAACCAGUGGGAAUCCCCAAGGAUUUUUUGUCAUUGACCCCAAGACAGGAUUGGUGAAGACAACAUCCCGUAAAUUAGACAGAGAAAAACAGGAGGAACAUACUCUCCAGAUCACUAUCACUGACAGCGGCACUCCGACUAAGUCUGCUAGCGUCAGAGUGAUCGUGAACGUGCUGGAUGAGAAUGACAACAGUCCGCAGUUCCUGGAGAAGGUCUACAGAAUCAAGCUUCCGCAACGAAGCAGGACGCUGUACAGAGAGCCGGUGUACAGGGUGCUCGCCUCCGACCACGACAGAAGCCAAAACGCUGAGAUUUCCUACGCCAUCGAGGACGGCAACAAGCAAGGGAAGUUCUUCAUCGACCCCAGGUCCGGGCGGGUGUCCACCAGAGAGGCUUUUUCGGCAGGAGAAUACAAUGUCCUCACGAUAAGGGCCGUGGACAACGGCCGGCCGCAGAGGUCGUCCACCUGCCGUCUGCACGUCGAGUGGAUCCCCGCGCCCAAAGUGCCGGCUCAGGCCCUGGCGCUGGACGAGGAGACGCCGGCGGCGUUUACGGUCAUGGAGUCGGACAAAGUGGGUCACAUGGUGGGGGUCAUCCGCACCGUGCCCACCGACUCCCCCGUCUGGUUUACAAUUAAAGGAGACGUAGAUGCAAAAGAUGUUUUUCAAAUCGUUCAGAUGGCCUCUGACCUGAAUGGUACAGCAGAAGGUGGAAAGUAUGACAGCAGGUUUGAUGUCAACAAGGGCAGUGGAACCCUCAUCGUAGCAGGACCGCUUGAUGCUGAACAAAAGUCAAGUUACAACUUGACCAUAGAAGCCACAGAUGGAACCAGGAGCUUAUCUACACAGGUUGUAAUUGAAGUGAUUGACACAAACGAACACCGGCCUCAGUUUUCCCAGGCGGUGUACGAGAUCAGCAUCCCAGAAGAGACGCAGCCCGGCGCUAAGAUCCUGGAGAUCCUCGCCACCGACAAAGACCUGAAGAGCAAAUUAUCUUACACCCUCCUGAGCAGCACCGACCCCCUCAGCCUGCAGAAGUUUCGCCUCGACCCAGGAACCGGCUACUUGUACACCACCGAGCCUCUGGACCACGAAGUCAUGAAAAGACACACACUCACUGUGAUGGUACGGGACCAAGACAUUCCGGUGAAGCGCAAUUUGGUGCGGGUGAUAGUCAAUGUGGAGGACAACAAUGACAACGCCCCCUCCUUCACGAGCCCUCGGUACACUGCCCGUGUGUUAGAGACAGCUGCCAUAGGUACCGUGGUGGCACAGGUGACCGCCGUUGACAAGGACAAAGGGGCGAACGCAGAGCUGCUCUACAGCAUAGACUCAGGGAAUGAAGCCAACACAUUUGCCAUUGAUGUGUUUUCUGGAAUGAUUACCGUCACCAAGGAACUCGACAGCAGCAGUGAGAGCCAGUUUGUGCUAACCAUCAAAGCCUUCGACCAGGGGGAGCCUCUUCAGAGCGCUGAAACAACGGUCCACAUUUCUGUCACCAUCUCUGAUAACGCCAAGCCGAAAUUUGCCCUUGAAGAAAUCUCAGCAGAAAUCAGCGAAGCCGCUCCAGUCGGGAGUUUGGUGACUUUGGUCGAGGCCUUCAGUCAAUCAUCAGUCUUCUACCAGAUCAAAGAAGGAAACACUGACUCUGCCUUCGUUAUAAAUCCAAACUCGGGUGCCAUUGUCACACUAAAGCCUUUAGACUACGAGACUAAAUCGUCAUACAAAUUAAUUGUGCAAGGUACAAACAUGGCUGGGUUAGAAAGCACCGUGACAGUUUUUGUUCACAUUAAGGAUGAAAACGACAAUGCCCCAUUCUUCACAAAAGCUGAAUUCUUUGGAACGAUCAGUGAGUCGGCUGCAAUAAAAAGCUUAGUCUUAACUGACGAAAACUCCCCCCUGGUCAUCCAAGCCACUGACAUGGACACAGACCUGAACGCCAGACUCGUGUAUGAGAUCGUCGAGCCAGACGCACGCAAUUACUUUGCCCUCGAUUCCAGCACAGGUGCCUUUCAGACAGCAUCAGAGCUCGACUACGAGCAGAGGACCACUUUCCAAUUUACCGUGCAGGCCCACGAUACUGGCACCCCCCGGUUAUUUACCAGCAGUGCUGCCAGAGUAACCAUCCAAGUCAUUGAUGCUAAUGACUGCUCGCCUAAAUUCAGCCAGGACUUAUAUGAGGCGACUCUCCUUCUGCCAGCAUACAACGGGGUAAGAGUUACAGCGGUGAAUGCAACAGACAAUGACUCGCAGGGCAAUGCCAAGCUGCUUUUCUCCAUUUCAGAUGGCAAUGUCGGAGACAAAUUCAGAAUUGAUGCUGUUUCUGGUGGCAUCUUUGUCCAGAAUGCUAGCCAGCUUCGCAGCAGGUACAGACUCACUGUGAGGGUGUCUGAUGGCCGAUGGCAGAGCACGUCGGUGGUGAAAGUUGCGGUGAAGGAGAACAAAGACCCGAACUUGCAGUUCACCCAAAAAAUAUAUACAGCUGUUGUGCGAGAGAACUCCUCAGAGAGGAAAACCCUCGCCAUAGUCUCCAUGGUGGGGAGGAAGACUAACGAGCCUCUCUUUUACACCAUUCUCAACCAAGAUGGCCACUUUGAAAUAGGUCAAACCUCAGGGGUCCUCUUUACAACUGGAAAACCGCUUGACCGAGAGGAACAGGACAUGUAUGAGGUUGUGGUUGGUGUUACAAGAGAGCCAAAGUCGCCCAAGGUCGUUUCCCAUGUUCUGGUCAGAGUCACAAUUGAGGACGUUAAUGAUAAUCCACCGGUGUUUGUGAACUUGCCCUAUCAUGCCCUAGUUCAGAUAGACACCGAAGUGGGCCAAAUUAUUAGACAGAUGUCUGCUGUCGACCAGGACGCGGGCAGAAAUGCGGAGGUCAAAUACCUCCUGAAUGAGCACAAGUAUUUUCAGAUGUCCUCCUCAGGAGACAUCACUCUUAAGAGGCCUUUUGAUCCAGAGACCCUAAACACAAAGUUUGUUCUAAGUGUGGUCGCGCAAGAUGGAGGGGAGCCUGCUCUGUCCUCCACAGUUGAGGUGGAAGUGACGGUCCUAAACAAGGCCGCCCCCAUUUUUGAAAAGCCCUUCUACAACAUUGAAAUAUCCGAGAGCACCCCGCCACACACAUCCAUUAUGCAAGUUCAGGUGAACGGUUUGAAUGGCCCCAGAGCUGUGUACAGCAUCUUUGAAGGGGAUCCUCUCAAUCAUUUCUCCAUUAACUUCAAUUCGGGGGUCAUCAGCGUCAUUCAGACUCUGGAUUACGAGGUCCAUCCUGCUUAUAAAUUGAGAGUGAGAGCCACAGAUGCCGUGACUGGCUCUCAUUCAGAGGUUUUUAUCGACAUCAUAUUGCUGGAUGUCAACGACAAUGCCCCAGUGUUUGAAAUGGAUGCCUACAAAGUCCCCCUCCCUGAGUCGGUUGUGAUUGGCGCUUCAGUGCACCAAGUGAAGGCCAUAGAUGCUGAUUUUGGGAGCAAUAAAAUGGUCUCGUACGAGCUGUUGGAGCCUGAGGGCUCCGUCUCUCCUUUUUUCCAGAUUGACUUGGACACAGGGGUCAUCUCCACCACCGGCCUUUUAGACUAUGAAACAAACCCGCAACACACUCUCAGAGUAAGGGCUGUGGACAGAGGCACCCCUGCCUUGACCAGCGAGGUUUCAUUGAUCAUCGACGUGGCGGACGUCAACGACAACCCGCCCACGUUCACACAAGGCUCCUACGACGUCGCCGUCAGUGAGCUGGCCACUCGCGGCCACUUUGUUUUAAGUGUCCAAGCGGCCGACGCCGACGUCUCGGACGCCGGCAAGCUGGAGUACUUUUUCCUGUCGGGCAACGAGCGCGGACACUUCGCUCUGAAUAAAAAGACCGGCGAAAUAGUGAUGUCGAAUCAGCGCAGGAGUGGCACGGAGCUCUCGUACGGCAUAAACGUGCUGGUGACGGACGGCGUUUUCAGAAGCUCUGCUGAGGUGAACAUCAAAGUGAUCCGCGAAAACUCACACAGCCCGGCUUUCGCCCAGAGCCUGUACGCCGUCGAGCUCCCGGAGAAUUCCCCCGUCGGCACGCUGGUCACGGACGUCAAAGUCACAGACAGAGACGAAGGGUUGAACGGACAAGUGAAAUAUUCCAUAGUCAACGAGGUCGCGCGAGAUAAGUUUGUCAUUGAUGCCGAUGGGCAGAUUUACACUUUAGAGGGCUUCGAUAGAGAAAGCAGCCUUGAGAAAGCAAUGGCUAUAAAUGUGAUGGCAAAAGAUGGCGGUGGCAAAGUUGGAUUUUGCACUGUGAGCGUGAUCAUCACAGACGUGAAUGACAACACCCCUCAGUUUGUUGUGUCUGAGUACAACGUGUCAGUUCCUUGGGAUAGCCCUACGGGGAUGUCCAUCGUCAAAAUAACCGCUAUGGACGUGGAUGAGGGAAUCAAUGCUGACAUUCUGUAUGAGAUUGACUCGGAGGUGCGUCACUUUGACAUACACCCCCAGAGUGGUGUCAUCACUGUAAAGCAAAGCCUGUUUGGUUUCGAGAAUUAUCUCUACACUCUCUACGUGAAGGCCAGGGAUUCCGGAACGCCGCAGAAGCACUCGUUCAUUCCCGUUAACAUCGUGGUGGUGCCGUCGCACGUGUCCGUCCUGGAGUUCCUGAAGCCGUCCUUGCAGCUGACGAUCGCAGAGGACCUUCCUGUCGGGACCGAGAUGGACGUGAUCCAGGCCGAGGGCGGCGAUCGGUCAGUGACGUACAGCCUCGUGAGAGGCAACAUCGCCGAGAGCAACCGAGACGAUGUCUUUGUCAUCGACAGUGCCACCGGAGUGCUGAAACUAGCAAAACGUCUCGAUUACGAAAGCACGCCUUGGUAUGGCCUCACGGUGCAGGCGAAUAGACUCCAGGAGGGUAUGGAGAUCUUGUCCUUGAUGGAGGUGACCGUCGAGCUGAAGGACGUGAACGACAACAGCCCCCAGUUUGAUUCUGACCCUUACGAGUCCUACGUGGUCGAGAACUCUCCCAGGCAGACGUCGGUCAUCCAGGUUCGGGCCUUCGACCUGGACACGGGAACGAACGGCCAGGUGACGUACAGCCUGGACGAGACCCAGGAGUGGCCCGAGGUCCUGGAGCUGUUCGCCGUGGAGGAGACAACGGGCUGGCUCGUCACACUGAAGGAGCUGGACCGCGAGCGGAGAGAGAGGUACACCGUGUCGGUCGUCGCCUCGGACCAGGGCAAGGAGCAGCGGAUGGUGGCCACGGCUGCGGUGGAGGUGACCGUGGUGGACGUCAACGACAACCCGCCGCGCUUCGCCGAGGAGGUCUUCAGGGCCGCGGUGAGGGAAGACGACUCGGCGGCCGCAGUGGUUGCCGUGUUCAACAUCGCCGACGCAGACAGUGAGGAGACAAACCGGCAAAUCAGCUGCUACAUCACAGGUGGGGACCCUGUAGGGCACUUUGGCAUUGAACAGAGUCAUGGUGAGUGGCGACUGACUGUGAGGAAACCUCUGGACAGGGAGAAGAGGGACAAUUACCUCUUAAACCUCACAGCCACAGAUGGCACCCAUUUGGCCCGGGCAGCUGUGGACAUCAAAGUCCUGGACGCCAACGACAACAGGCCGGUGUGCGGGAAGAGUGUGUACGCUGGAACGGUUCCUGAGGACGCGCCGGCUGGGCUGCUCAUCUUACAGGUGUCGGCCACCGAUGCGGACGUCCAUGCCAACGCUGAGAUAACCUACCAGCUGUCUGGAGAUGGGGCCCAACGCUUCAGCCUGCAUCCCACCACAGGUGAGCUGAGAACUCUCCUGCCCUUGGACCGCGAGAAGAGGCAAGCGUUUGAGCUCACAGCGCUAGCACAAGAUGGAGGGGGUCUCUCCUGCCAGGUCGCCGUGGAGAUAGCCGUGGCCGACGUUAAUGACAACCCGCCGCGGUUCACACCGGAUGCCCAUCACUUCAGCGUGGCGGAGAACACGGAGCCGGGCACCUACGUGGCCCAGAUGCAGGCCGUGGACCUGGACACUGGGAUGAAUGGCAAAGUCCUGUAUUCGUUUGAGGACUCGGCCGGAGGCCUGUUUUCCAUCCAGGAACGUUCUGGAAUCAUAAGUCUGGAGAGGUCCCUUGACCCCAGUGUCCAGUCCACCUACACGCUCCGAGUGCGUGCCACUGACCAGGGCUCUCCCCGUCAGCUGUCCUCGCUCAGCACGGCGUCCGUCACCGUCCGCUCCGCCGCCGACAUCCCGCCCGCGUUCCAGCUGCGGGAGUACGUGGCGACCGUCCCCGAGGACGUCUCCGCGGGAACGCAGAUCCUCCGCGUCUUCGCCAGCGGCGGUGGCGGCAGCGGGGACUCUGGCGCGCGGCCCGGCGAGAUCGCCUACUCCAUCACCGGCGGCAACGAGCAGGGCGCGUUCAGCAUCAACUCUCGCACGGGCGACAUCUUCGUGAUCGAGAGUCUGGAUUACGAAUCCUCCCACGAGCACUUCCUGACGGUGGAGGCCAAAGUGGACGGGAGGGAGCCGCUAAGUGACAUCGCCUCCGUUCAGGUCAACGUGACGGACGUCAACGACAACAGCCCCGUCUUCAGCCAGGGGGUGUACUCGGCGGUGGUCAGCGAGGACGCCAAGCCAGGGAGCACUGUGGUGACCAUCACGGCGAGCGACACUGAUGGGCCCGCCAACAACCGCGUCCGCUUCUCCAUCAUCGGCGGCAAUCAGGGGAGUCCGUUCAUCAUCGACGCCGUUAGCGGGGAGCUGCACGUGGCGCGGGCGCUAGACAGAGAGCAGAUAUCGGAGUACACACUGACCGUCCUGGCCUCUGACAGCGGCAGUCCGUCCAGAUCCAGCAGCACGGCGAUCACCAUCGACGUGUCGGAUGCCAACGACAAUCCACCCGUCUUCACCCGGGCAAACUACAGCCUUGUCAUCCAGGAAAGCGUUCCCGUAGCCAGCAGUAUCCUACAGCUCCAGGUCACCGACGGAGACGCCCCUCACAAUGGAGCCCCCUUCACCUUCUCCAUCGUGCGUGGCGACGAGAGGGGCGCCUUCCGGAUGGAUCCGCGAGGAACGCUCACCACGCGCACUCCGCUCAGCCACAGAACUCAGGAGAACUAUCUGCUGCGCGUGAAGGUGUCAGACAGUGGCAAGCCUUCCCUGGCCGCGACCACGGUGAUCAGCAUCAGAGUCGUGGAGCAGAGUCGGCACCCCCCGGUCGUCCUGCCCCUGGAGGUCAUCGUCUACACGCCCAGGGACGAGUUCCCCGGCGGCUACCUGGGCAAGGUCCACGCCACCGACAACGACCCUUACGACACGCUCUCGUACAGCCUUCCUCCUACCGAUGCUUCCACCUCCUCCUCCUCCUCCUCCUCUUCCUCCUCCUCCUCUCCACAAGAGCUCUUCUCCGUGUCCCCCACAGACGGACGGCUGCGGGCCACUCGAGGCCUGGACGCGGGCCUCUACCCGCUCAACGUAUCCGUCAGCGACGGGCGCUUCUCGGCGUCGGCCGCCGUCAACGUGCACGUGCGCCGGGCCACGCGGCGCAUGCUGGAGCGCGCCGUCGUCGUGCGCGUCUCGCCCGCGACCCCCGAGCAGUUCCUCGCCGACCACUGGCGGAACGUCCAGAGGGCCGUGCGGAACGCGGCCGGCGCCCGCCGCGGCGACAUCCACCUCCUCAGCCUCCAGGCCGCGGAACCGAGCCCGGGGGCCGCCCCGAAGCGGAACCUGGACGUGCUCUUGUCCGUGGAGGUGCGCGCAGCACCAGCAGCAGCACCCGCAGGCGCUCAAGCGGGCCUACAGGGGGCACUGGUGCACAAGAUAAACGCCUCUCUGGCCUCCCUCCGCCAGACGAGCGGCCUGCGUGUGGCCCACGUGCUCACGAGCCCCUGCGCUCUCCUGCGGGACUGUCCGGUCGCGUUCUGCCGAGAGGUGGCCGUGCUGGACCAGGACGCCGUGUCCACUCACAGCAGCUCGAGGCUGAGCUUCGUCUCUCCUCGCCACCGCAUGUCCGCCAUAUGUCUGUGCAAAGAUGGAAAAUGUCCAAAGCCAAACAACCCAUGCGAAGACAACCCGUGCCCAGAUGGAUUUCAGUGUGUACCUGCUGAAAAAGAAGAUAAAUACAGUUGCCUGUGUGAAAGCGGUAAAAAGGGAAAUUGCUCAGGGGGGCCAGCGUUGACACUGCUUGAGAACAGUUUUAUUAAGUACCGCCUGCCAGAAGACAUGAGUAAAGAGGAACUGAAGCUCUCUCUCAGACUGAGAACCUUCUCCAAUCAUGGAACCAUCAUGUUUGCUAAAGGGCAUUAUUACAGUGUCCUUGAGAUUGUGGACGGCAGACUGGAGUACCAGUUUGACUGUGGCUCUGGCCAGGCGGCCGUAUCCGUUCACAGCAUCCAGGUGAACGACGGCCAGUGGCACAGCGUUUGGCUCGGGGUGCAGGGCAACCGCGCCAAGCUCGUCCUGGACCACGUCCACAGCGCCUCCGGCAUCGCUCCCGGCGACGACUGCUCCCUCCACCUCCGCGACGCCGUCUUCCUCGGCGGGCACACGCACCUCCUCAGCCUCCGUCCCCGGCGGAGUUUGCCCGGCGCGGGCAGCGGCGGCGGCCUGCGCGGCUGCAUCGACUCCGUCUUGGUGAACGGUCAGCCGCUGUCGCUCGCCGGGCAGCCGCCCUCCGGCGCCUCCCUGGUGGAGAACAUGGUUGGCGUCCUGCCAGGCUGCGCCAUGUUCUCGGUGGACGACUGCUCCAACAACCCGUGCCUGAACGGAGGGAGGUGCGCGCUCAAGCCUAACGGAGGCUAUUACUGCCAGUGUGGAGCCAUGUUUAUGGGGGCGCACUGUGAAGCCAGACUCAGCGCCUGUGCCUCCAAUCCCUGUCUCUACGGCGGAACCUGCGUGGACAACAACAACAGUGACUUCUACUGCCAGUGCAGGGGCCAGUACUCUGGACAACGGUGUCAGAUCGGGCCCUACUGUGCGAGCAGCCCCUGCCAUAAUGGCGGACACUGCAUCGAGAGCCUUGAUGGGGCCGUGUGUGAGUGUCCCACGGGCUUCACAGGUGACAGGUGCCAAAUUGACGUGGACGAGUGCAAGAAGGAGCCCUGCGUCAACGGCGGGCGCUGCGUGAACACGCACGGCUUCUUCCGCUGCGUCUGCGGGCCGGGCUUCGCCGGCGUGCUCUGCGAGGUCCACGGCGAGCUGCGGCACAAGCUCCCCUCGUCCCCCUCCUGGGCCAUGGGCCUGGAGGAGAUCCUGGGCAGCGUCCUGGUCUUCGUCUGCGUCUUCCUCGUCCUGCUGCUGUUCGCCGGCUGCUGGAGGUCCGGCUGCCCCCUGGGGAGGAGGAGGAGGACGAGGAGGAGGAAGAGCGUGGAGGAAGAGGAGGAGGACGACGCGGGCGACGGGCGCAAGGAGGCCCGGACGUUCCUGCAGAGGUCCUACCCGGACGCCGGGCCCGCCAGGGUGACCUUCGCCGCCGCCCCUCCGCAAGUUCCCGUCAGGCCCGCCGCCUACGCCCGAGGCGACGGCUCCCGCCGGGGCUCGGACGCGGCGCCGGACUACUUUGAGUCGAGCGUGUUCCACCAGGACCCGCCGCCGGCGCGCAGCAGGGGGGAGCGCAAAGCGGUGGCGGUGUGCAGCGUCGCCCCCCACCUGCCCUCCCGCCGCUCCCCCGUCUCGCCCGCGGACGGAGACUCCUUCCACAAGCCCACCUGGGACUACGAGGAUGACGCUGAGCCCUUUAUGAAGAAGAGGUCCCGUUCUCGUGGUUUUAACACACCAGAGCUCUGCUCGCCGAGCUCCCCGCGGUCGGAGUCAAGCGACGACAAUGGCUAUCACUGGGACAUCUCUGAUUGGAUACCCAGCGUGCAGCUGUGUCAUGUCCAGGGACAUCUGUACAAUGACUCUGUACAAACACCUCCUCCUGGCUACAUCAGGCCCACCAGCGUUGACACAGAUUACCUCACCUCUGGUUUAGACAUUGAAAGCGAAUUAACCUCUGCCUUGCGAUACCCCGCAGAUGUCCAUCUGCCCCCCGUCCCAAGACUUCCUGAAAGUUACAGCCUGGCGUUGCCCCGUAGAGACGCUCAACCAUCUGCAGACAGUCAGUCUUCUAAUUGCUCUGUGAAAGCACACUGUCUCAUCCAGAGGGCAAGACUUACCACUCCUUUGACUCAAAUAGUGCCUCAGGGCUCAGUAUUGGGACCGUCUGAUUUUAAAGACAGCCACUCCAAUUGGCGGGGACAUGAUGAUGAUGAUGACACAGUCUCUAUUAUUUGUGCACCCAUGCAGUCAUGCUCUGAUGCUCUGAUGUCGGUCUAUGGUGAGGACUGUGAUUCCACGUUGAGUGACAGCGAGAGCUCGGAUGGAUGGUCUUUCCAGUCACACAAGACCACUCACACAAAGUAAAACUGAAGUGUGAUUACUGUUGUUUUUUCAUCAUUAUUUAUCCAUGGCGAACUCCUCUUGGAACCCCAUAGUCACUCACAGUUUGUUGUCUUUAACAUUAUUGGCGUGUAGCAUUAAGAACUUCACUGAACAACCAGAGACAGUUUUUGCAAUGACAGAUCAAUGAAGUUGGUUUUUUGUGCUCUUGUUUGACCUUUUCAAAUUUGCUGUCACUGUAACCCCUUCCCAUAUUGAGCACUCUGAUGGUAAGAUAAAGCCUGUAAUUACUUAACUGGCAGGACCCCAGCAGAUCACAGUUUUAGUCACCUAAAGUUGCGAUUUGUUUCAGUUUAUCAAGAAAUCAUAAGUAGUUUGUAAACAAGGGUCAGAUGUAGUGUAUCAUUUGGUAUCAUUUAAAAUAUAAACAGGUUUUGUAUUAACGUGUUGAUCUUACUUGUGGUACCUUGUGCUCAAUGAACUGUUGCGAUCAUUGUAUAUGUCUUGAUUUUGUAAUGACAUUCAAAAUACAGUUAUGACAGUUGUACAUACAAUGUAGACAAUUCUAUACAGUAUAUGGUUGUGAUUCUCGAAACUCCAACUCAUUUUAUACAGGAAUCACCAAUGUGGAAUACAGUCGUAUGUAAAGUUGCAGAGUUGAAUUAAUUCUUUUUAUAAUAAAUUAUUUA